GCAUACAUUUUUCACCUCGCUUAGAUUCGAACUAACGACUGCUAGGACACAUGGUUUAAAACGCCUGGAAUCUAAUCCACACCCCCGGGAUCGAAUCCAUAUCCAUUGGCACCCCGAGAUCGAACGCCCUAUACCUCACGACUUAGUACUAAUUCAAUUUGAUAUGAAUCCGUGACUGUCCAGUUGAUUGAUAAGGCGGUGAUGUGGACGCGGGAUGACCACUCAUCACCACGCUGGUACGAUCAGUCAAGGAAGAUGAAUAGGUUCCGAGGUAAAAUAUCACUCCGCAUUAGUCUGUAGUGUUGUGUAAAACACAUCAUCCUAUAUCUGUAUCAAACUCGCCGUAACAGGCGGCAUACCUGAUCCCUCUGACGAUGUAGCGGGGCAAUAGUGACGUCACGAACCCACGAUCAACAUACCUGCAUGCCUUAAUCCCGAUUUAUGCUCAUAUGAGAAGGGAGAAGAAAAGAAGGCGACGAUGUUUCCAUGUGUCCUGCUAAUUUUAGGUGCAUCUCUCUCAUUUUCAGUCGUGAGAGGACAAGAGUACUGCCUUACGAGGGAUGGAGUGGAGUAUUGUGAAAAUAACUGCUGCGGUCCGUUCGACAACCAACAGUGUUGUUCCUUCAAUCCCACGGUGUUAGUGUUGCUGGUCGUGGCUGCUAUCCUCGUCAUCCUCGUCGUCACUAUCCUCGUACUCUUCUGUUGUAAAGCGAAGAAGAAACAGAGGACAACAGCGGUACAGCCUGCCAACCAGUCGACAGUACAAUAUAUCCCAGCUGACCGGGACAGCCCACAGUCGUCCAUUACUUACGUGGUGGUACCCCCAGGAGAAUCUCGACUGUUCCUACACAACGCCUCCAAUCUACCUCCCUACUCCCCAGAACCCCCGAAAUACUCGGAGGAUACACCGUACGCUUCUGGAUCCGGACCACUUUUAAGGUCGGGGCACUUUCACUCUGUAUGGCCUAUUCCGAGGACAAGUGGAAAUGGACACGGAAAAGUCGCAUCAGCACCACCAAGUUACGCGAGUAAUCACACUUCUAUAAGUGUUGAACAUGACCUAUUGAGUAACUCCGAGACCCCCGUAAAACAGGAAAGUCAUAUGUAAAAGAUACGCUGGCGAUUUGUAGAAACAUUCACUGUUACAGCAGAUGGACUGGCAGUAAUUAGAGCGGUCAUUACAUUAAACUAUUGUCAAUAAUAUUAAAUGUUUCAUUUUCGUCGUGAGUCAGUUUAAAACCAUACUUCUCUAAUUGUUUUACAUUCAUAUGCUCAUCUCUAGACUUUUCUCAGAAUUAUUUUCUUUGCAUUGCUCUAAUCAGUUGGAAACCUAUUUGGACAAUGUUUUGAUAUCAAAUACACUUUUUGAAGAAGAGUUCCUGCUUUAUAGUCAUUUGUCUCAUAUCCUCGUACCUCUCAGAAACAACCAUCAAAACGCUUUAGCAUCUCCUAUAUUUCACUUUGAUAUUAUAUUUGCCAUGCGAAUGUAUUAUCCCGUUAAGAAUAUGUUCCAGAAGAAUUUACAUGUCACUUCCCUAAAACACAGGAAUCCUUAAUAAAUCUGGUCUAUCUGUUUAUUAAUGUUUACAAGGCAGAUAUGAUCAGACUUUAAUCCAACAGACACUUGUAGCUUUAUGUUUAAAGCUAAAUUCAAUAAAACCAUUGUAUAGUUUUUGUUAUUGUGUUGAGACAUAUACUCGCUUCUUGUUUGCUUAGUUAUUAUCAUUUAUUAUCAUUGCUAUUCAAUAUAAAAAUACAAAUGCCUUUUUCAUGGUUCACUAUAGCUUCAGCCACCUGUAAUUUUAAUUGUAAUAGCACAGUCAAAGAAUUUUUUGGAAGAGUCCACUUUUUCCUUUUCAGCCAUAUUCAGCCAAAGACUACUGUAAUACUGACGGUACCGAAAUAGUUACGUUUACCGUCAACGAAAGAAUGAAACAUUCAUCGGUACAUUUUAAAUGUAAAAUCUUUCCAUUAAUUAUAUAUUUUAAAAACAACAUAUGUAAUAAACAAGAUAUGUAUACAGGUUCCUUAGAAAUAAAUGUUGAUGUAAAUAGAUCCAUUACCUGUACAUGUAUUUAUAUUUACAAACAUCCGUAAUGUAUAACACUAUUAUACACGUGUUGGUAUCUAAUGGAAAAUGUUGAUAAAUAAUAUAUGUAUAUAUAAAGAACAAAGGUAAAGAAUAACAAUAAGGUACACGUGUACUUAUCUAUCUCAUCACAAAUUAAACAACUGCUAGUCUAGCAAAGUAAACAAUACCGAGUACUCGUUGUGCAAUAACAUAAAUUUGAUAUGGAUAGAUUUUUUUCUUACCAGAACUUGUAUUGGAUUCGCUUGGGCUUACCUUAUAAAGUAAAAUAACCUAUCGUGUGUAAUGGCUAUAUUUAGACUGUCGGCAGCAGAAUGUGAGCCAAGUGUGUGACACGGAGAGACUGUUGUAUCGUUUAUUUUGGUCGAUGAUUUUUACUACUAUAGAGAAAUCAGCAGUGUCAGUAGUUGGUACUGCCUUAUAUGGGAAAUAUUCCCCAAACGGGAUCAAUGUUUGUGAGAUUUCUCAGAACAAGAGCUGUUUUGCUAUAUAAAGCGCGAUGGGACAGUAGAUAUUCACACUCAAGGAAGAGACACAGAUUAUAUCGUGAAGACUUGGGGAAGGACUGAACGACAGCCACUCAGCUAGGCUUAUUAAGAGAGAUAUUUCAUAAAGAAAAAUACAAGGUUAAAUAUUGAGUACCAGAAAUCAUGUCUACAUUGGAAGACGAUAUCGCCGCAGUUGUCAUUGACAACGGAAGUGGAAUGUGUAAGGCGGGAUUUGCCGGAGACGAUGCCCCACGUGCCGUUUUCCCCGCCAUUACGGGGCGACCACGUUAUGAUGUGGUCAUGGCCGGUAUGGGGGCCAAAGAAUGCUAUGUCGGAGACGAGGCUCAGAACAAACGAGGGAUUUUGUCUCUAAAGUACCCAGUAGAACAUGGCAUCGUCACUAACUGGGACGACAUGGAGAAGAUCUGGCACCACACCUUCUACAACGAGCUCCGUGUGGCUCCCGAGGAACAUCCGGUCAUGCUGACAGAGGCACCACUUAAUCCUAAGGCCAACAGAGAAAAAAUGAUACAGAUAAUGUUCGAGACGUUCAACUCUCCAGCCUUCUACGUGGCAAUACAGGCUGUGCUGUCUCUGUAUUCCUCCGGACGUACCACGGGGGUCGUGUUUGAUGCCGGGGAUGGUGUGUCCCACGUGGUACCUAUCUACGAGGGAUAUGCCCUCCCUCACGCCAUCAAACGUGUAGACCUGGCAGGUCGUGACCUCACAGCCUAUCUCCAGAGGAUCCUCCACGAGAGAGGAUAUAACUUCACAAGUUCAUCUGAAAUGGAGAUAGUACGUGAUAUAAAGGAGAAGAUGUCAUAUGUGGCACUGGAUUUUGAAACUGAAAUGACAUCAGCGGCAUUAUCUUCAGCUGUCGAGAGGUCGUACGAACUACCGGACGGAGGGGUUAUAACUAUAGGCAACGAAAGGUUCCGGUGUCCAGAGGUUUUAUUCCAGCCAUCGUUUAUUGGAAUGGAAUCCAAUGGAGUCCAUGAGCAUCUACACAAUUCAGUCAUGGGUUGUGACAUUGACACAGCCUUCUACGUGGCGAUACAAGCUGUGCUGUCUCUGUACGCCUCUGGACGUACCACAGGGGUCGUGUUUGAUGCCGGGGAUGGUGUGUCCCACGUGGUACCUAUCUACGAGGGAUAUGCCCUUCCUCAUGCCAUCAAACGUGUGGACCUGGCAGGUCGUGACCUCACAGCCUAUCUCCAGAGGAUCCUCCACGAAAGAGGUUACAACUUCACGACUUCAUCUGAAAUGGAGAUAGUCCGUGAUAUGAAAGAGAAGAUGUCCUACGUAGCUCUGGACUUCGAGAGCGAAAUGAUAUCAUCAUCAAAGUCUUCAACAGUUGAGAAGUCGUACGAACUACCGGACGGUGGACUUGUUACCAUUGGUAACGAGAGGUUUCGGUGUCCAGAGGUUCUAUUCCAGCCAUCAUUUAUAGGAAUGGAAUCCAUCGGAGUGCAUGAGCAACUACACAACUCAGUUAUGGGUUGUGAUAUUGACAUCCGACGAGAUCUCUACAAUAAUGUCGUUAUGUCCGGCGGAAGUACAAUGUUUCCAGGUAUGGCUGACCGAUUCAAGAGAGAGUUGGAUGGUAUUGUACCCAACAAUGUAAAGGUGAAAGUCAUCGCCCCUCCGGAGAGGAAGUAUUCCGUGUGGAUCGGCGGAUCAAUCCUGGGGUCUCUGUCUACAUUUCAGCAGAUGUGGGUAUCGAAACAGGAAUACGAUGAAUGUGGACCAGGAAUUGUACAUAGGAAGUGUUUCUAAGAUUGUAAUAACAGCCCACGUGAAAAGUUUUUGUAUAUCCUUAAUAUACUCGCAACCAGCUGUGAUAAUCUAUCUGGACAUAUGCUAUGAUAUGUAAGGAUAUAAGGAUCUGACCCGCGAUGUACAAAGGAUGGGAUCUACUUCUCAAUAAAUAGACAUAAGGAACUAAUGCUAGAUUUACUGACAAUGGAAUAUAUGCCAUGAUAUCCUUCGAGAGAAGUAGACUUUCUGACAAUGAUACCAGGCUAUAUACCGAAAUCAUAUCCAGUCUUUGACACACUGACAAUGAUACCAGGUGAUAUACGAAAUAAUAUCCAGUCAUUGAUACACUGACAAUGAU